GAGAGAGCUGUUAGUGGUUGCCUUGAAAGUCAGGCCAAAGCUCAGAGGCACCGAGUUAGGCACUGGGGAACAUCCACUCAGGGAAUCUGAUGUUUUUUCAGGUGAUUAUACUGGAUAAAAACAUUGCUAACUGUUGGCGAUGAAGAUAGUUAUGGAUCAGAUUUGUCGGAAACUGCAAUUGGGGCGUUACAGUGGACUGAGAUGAAAAAUACAUAAAGAUGGCACCCGAUUACCUCAAAUUCCUGUGAAGGAGCAGCAAAAUGGGAAAUGCCAUGCGAGGUGUCAUCGCCUUCAUUCCGUCAAAACGCUGUCAGCGCUUCCUAGUGGGGGACCUGGAGGAGAUGCCGCUUGAUCGGACUCUGGACCUGAGUAGCCGUCAGUUGCGCCAAUUCCCUGUUGCUGCUUGUGUCUUUGAUGGGUUGGUGAAGCUCUAUCUGAGCGACAACAACCUUAGCAGUUUGCCUGAUGAACUAGACCGCCUGAGGAAGCUUCAGCUUCUGGCUCUUGACUUUAACUGCUUUGAGGAGCUACCUGCAGCUGUCUGCAGACUGCCUCAGCUUAACAUCCUUUACUUGGGUAACAACAAACUCUUCUACCUCCCCGAGGAACUCCAAGACCUGAAGGAACUUAACACCCUGUGGCUGGAGACAAAUUGCUUUAUAGUCUUCCCAAAUGUGGUUUGUGAGCUUCCCAAUCUCAAGACCCUGCACCUUGGCUACAACCAAAUACGCUGCUUACCCUAUGAACUUAACAGGCUGGAAGAACUGAGAAGUAUUUGGCUGGCUGGGAACGAGCUGACAGAGUUCCCGCCAGUGUUGUUGGAAAUGCACUUCAUUGCUGUCAUUGACGUGGAUCGAAACAAAAUCCAGCGCUUCCCCGCCCUCUCGCAUUUGCAGGGGCUAAAACUAGUCAUCUAUGACCACAAUCCAUGCGUCAAUGCACCAAUGGUGGCUGAAGGAGUCCGAAGGGUCGGGCGUUGGGCGGACUGCUCCGACGAUGAACAGGAAGAUGAAGGUUCGAAAGCCAAGGUCUCAGAGAUGGAGCCAGAGGAGGAGCCCAACGUUUAAGGUCGCGUCACAAAGUGACAUUCAGCUGUGGAGAGGCCUGAAAGGACAGGACGUCACUCAAGUGGAUCACUUGAAGCACAGGGGUGUGCAGAGGCCUUCAUACCAUUGGUAUUUGAGCCAUAUAUGGGAAGGCAACAUGUAACAUGUUGGACAUAAGGAAAAAAAAGGGUUCCUAAAUCAAAAUGACUGCAGCUCGCUACAGGCCAAAGAACCAUAUUUAGUUACUACUGUAUAUAGUACGUCAAAAUAAAUACCAAUAGCAUUUAUUCAUUUGAUUGCAUUUUAGUAUUUCCAAUGAAGGGCCAAGAUAAGGUUAUGUAAUGCGAGUUUAUUCUUUUGUGUGUGUGCAUGGUGUGUUUGUGUGUGGAAGGGGGGGGGGGGGCUCACAUGCAAAAUAUUUUUCUGGUGCCCAAAAACUUGAUUGAUAGAAACAGUGUACACCAUGUGGGUCUUUGCGAUGAAAAGCAUGCAGUGUUGUUGUUUUUUUUUGCCACAAUUACACUUAUUUUACAGUUUGGCAAUUUGGCUGAAAAGUUCAGCCCUUUUUCAGGUUCUCUGGGUUCCAGCAGAAACUGCAUGAUAUAUCAAAACCAUGUGUAUAUUGUCAACUAUUUUGUGUUGGUUUGGCACUUGGACAAAAAGAUAAAACAUCUUAAAUUAGGAUUGCAGAGCAGUGGUAUAUAUCACUUCACUGAGGCUAAAUGCAAGGAUGGAUAUAAAUCAAAUGAUGGAUGGGGAUUUCAGACCAUUAGGGCACUCCAGAUCCGGAAUAAUGCAUAAUUCAUCUGAUAGAUUGGAGAUGUCGUUUGAAUGAAGCCUGCUAAUGGCUUUUAUUGUCACCGCAUUCCAACCCUAUUAUCAAUGGGUUGCAUUUGCAAUAUCAUCAAAUGCUCUGUAAACAGCACACUUUAGGAGGAAAAAGUGAAGAAUAAAAUGUUUCCAAUAUGUAUUCAGCGUGUUCUUUUGUAGUCUAACUGAUAACUAUUUUUUUCAUUUCACAAAUCCAAUGUUUUAUUUCUUUACUUAUGUAUAUUAUGUAAUCAUCUCUGACCAUAAAUAGCAUUAUCCAAU